AUGUUCCUACUGCGCUACCGCAGCCCAGGGCUUCUCCUGAGCUGGCAGCUUUUGUGGCUGCUGGCCCAGGCCACUCCCGUUCAGGAGUGGGCUGGAAAGCCAGUUCUGUUGACCCCGAAGCCCUGGGGACUGACCAAGCUCUCGUCAGAUCUCCCACCCAAAUCCCUCCACGGAGCUGCCCUGUCAUCAGACCCCAAGGAUUUUGAUUACCUGGGGUCCUCCUCUCCCUUCCAGAUGACCACCCUGCCACCUGAGACAGAUCAGCUCCCUGUUCCUCAUCAGGAUCUUCGUGACAAGGAUCAAACUGUGACCACAGGCGGCUACAUAUGCAAGCUCUGCUGGUGCCAAAAGGAGAUACUGUCCUGCGUUGGUCUUAGCCCAAGGCAGAAGCUCCACCAAGUGCCCGUGCUCGAGCCCAACAGCUACAAGGGCACCUUCACCACCUUAUAUUUCCCAGGAAAUAAAAUUUCUGACAUCGAUAAUAGAGUAUGGAAAGACUACCCUUGGACUGAAAAACUAAUUCUCAGUGACAAUCGGCUGACUGAAUUAUACAAGGAUUCCUUUGAAGGCCUGCUAUCCCUCGAAUAUUUAGAUUUACACUGCAAUAAAAUACGCUACAUUGAAAGAGGGACAUUCGACUCAUUACCUUUUCUGAAGUCUAUAAAUCUCGCUUGUAAUAUGAUAACAGAACUAAGCUUUGGAGCAUUUCAGGCAUGGCAUGGAAUGCAGUUCUUAACCAAGAUAAUUCUCAACCGUAAUCCUCUGAUAGUGGUUGAAGAUCCUUACCUUUUCAAACUGCCAGCACUGAAAUAUCUAGACAUGGGGAAAACACACGUGCAACUUAAGACAGUUGAGAAGAUCCUCCUGAUGAGUCUUGAGUUGGGAAAACUGAUCUUACCUAGCCAUUUGUCCUGCUGCCUCUGCCAAUUUAAGAGCAGCAUCGAGGUCAUGUGCAAGACUGUCAAGCUGCGUUGUGAGAGUGGAUGCCUGACGAACACCACACGUUGUCUUGAAGGAGCGUCCAUAGGCGACCCGGAAGGAGCGUUCAUGAAGGCGCUGCAGGCCCGGAGGGAGAGGACCAGCACCGAGCUGACGAUUGAAGCACGCUGGGAUUAUUUUGACCAAAAUGGUAGCAACUUUUUAGGCCUUAGUAAUGAAAACCUAAAUUUUGAAGACGAAAGUGAUAUUAUUAACUCACUGAACUACAUUUUGCGGUAUUUCACUGAGGGAAAUCUGGAAGAUGUUGCAUCUGUGUUGUUGCCAUUCAUCAAACUACUGUUUUCAGAUGCUGAAAAAUUAAAUAAUAUCCCAGAUUCUGUAAAAGGGGAUAUGAAAACUUCCCUUAAGUCCAAUUCUAAAAAAUUUGCUUAUGAAAAUAACUUGAAUAAGCUGUAUUUGCUGGAGAAGUUGAUAGAUGCAGAUAUCCAGGAAAAAAUUGAUGAAGUUAAAAGCAUGCACCAGACUCGGCUUUUAGGCCCCAAAUUUAAAAGGCAAACCUUUGCUAGGGAAUUGGCCGCCUCCCAGGAAGAAGCAAACAGCCUAGGAGAAAUUGAGAACCAGGAGAAAGGACGCCAGAGGGGACAGAGAGUCCACGAGACGCCCGGAAGCACACAGGCAAGGCACCCCAAGACAGCGAGGAGAAAGAGCCGCUGGGGGACACCGAGGGCCCAGCCACCCGAGGAGAGCGCUGAGGGCGACCAGGGGCAGCUCUGGGGUCCAGCCUCCAUGGAGCCGGGGCGGCGGGAGCCGGGGCAGGAGCCCUCGAAGUCCGUGGACAGCUCCUUCCUAGCUGAGCCCUCGUUGACAACGGAAUACGAGGCGGCACUCUCUUCCUCCCCAGCACAGUACUGGCUCAGCCUGGAUUCCAAACCCACCCCUGAAAAAUUGCUACCUGAUUUCAUUAACAAAAAGAAAGACUUAACUGAUACCAUUUUCGUUUUGGAAGAUGCAAGUGCUAUGGUUAGAGGUAUGGUGAAUGCUAAACCAGUCUUACAAUCUGCAAAAAAGCAUCAAGACUUAAGAAAGAAAAAGUCACAUCAGAUAGUUGCAGAGAGGCCUCCGGCGCCUGCAGUAAGGAGCCUCAUAAAUUCCCUACCCCGAGGGGCUUUGUCAUCUUCAGGAGACCUGAGUUCUCUGGCAAACCCUUUUCCAGAAAUAUAUACUCUUGCAGAUCCUUCCACAGAAAGCGCCUCUGUGGAAAAUCAGACUGCAGCAAGUACUUUUGAAGGAACUGUUUCAACCACUGCUGUACCAGAAGAAACUGAACCAGAAAAUACAAACUUUGAGAAUCCUUAUGGAGAGGCCCCGCUGAAUACACUUAAGAUUACUCCACCCGAUAAACAAACUGGUGAGGCGCAGUGGGAACACCCCAGCAUGACCACCGCUGCACCCGCCACAAGCCAGGACCUCCCGCAGUGGUCCGCAGGCGAUCGGUUUGAAAGUGAGCUGUACGAGCAGAUGCAGCCCCUCAUCCCCAACAAGAACGUGAGGAAGCUGCUCGCUCACGUUGUCAGGAUUAUGAAGAUGGACUGCUCCGAGACCCGCGUGCAGCAGCCCUGUGCCAGGCUCAUGUCCGGAACAGGCCUCCUGAUGAAGCUUCUCAGUGAGGAGCAAGAAUUUACCAUGUCCAAGGUCGACUGGGAUACGGAGCAGUGGAAAACUGAGAACUACCUCAGUGAGAGCACAGAGGCCCAGAGUGGACCGAAGGAGCGUCAAUCAAGUGAGAUCAUAAAAGAAGUCCCUGGACAUGGCUAUAAGAACAAGCUCAUCUUGGCAAUAUCUGUGACCGCUGUAGUGACCAUUUUGAUUAUAAUUUUCUGUCUCAUUGAGAUAUGUUCUUUCUAUUCCCAAAAGGGGGAGAGAGAGAGAGAGAGAGAGAGAGAGAGAGAGAGAGAGGAAGGCCCUUACUGGAUAAAGUGGCCACUGUGGCUCAAGGAUAUGCACAAGCCUCUCCAUGCCACACGCAAGAAGAACAUGGUCAAGAGUCUACGCGACAAGGACUCUUCUGAGGAAGAUGAGAUUUUUGUUACAAACACAGGGGAGCUCACUGAAGUCACCGUAGACACGCCGGAAGGACCAUCAAGCCCUAAUGAAAGUAAAGAGGUGGUGUCAGACUGA